AUGGUGACAAAGGAUUUCCUCAAGCCCUGGAAGCGAAGUCCUGCCCGCCGGUACAUCUUCCGGCACGCCAACGUGGUCGAUCCUGUAGAUGGCUCAAUCCGCGAGAAUGCGACGGUUAUUCUACGCCAUGGCGUGGUUGAAUCGGUGACUGAGACAAGCUCGACGGACGACUACGGUGAUUUAGCGGCAGGCGCAAUUGUCAUCGACGCUCGUGGCCGCUAUCUGUGUCCUGGACUCAUCGACGCCCAUGUCCAUCUCACGUCGACUCCCGGUGGCAGGGGACUAGCAGAUAGCAUCAAGAUGGCCCCCGACCGCUCGAAGAUGCGCCAGCCAUUUGUCUGCCAGCAGAUGUUGCGGCGAGGCUUCACUUCAGCCCGGGAUUGCGGAGGCGCGACCCUAGCCUUAAAGGAAGCCAUUGCCGACGGUGUGUUCCCAGGUCCUCGCCUGUUUAUCGCUGGACAUGCGUUGAGCCAAACGGGCGGCCAUUCGGAUUUCCGCUCGGCAGAUGAUACGCACGAAUGCUGUGGCGGGCAUAUUACGGGACUGGGCCGCCUGGUCGACGGCGUGGCCGAGUGCAUGAAGUAUGCUCGCGAGGAGCUUCGAAUGGGCGCUGAUUUCAUCAAGAUCAUGACCGGGGGAGGGGUGGCCAGUCCAACCGACGCGCUGGAGAACCUGCAGUUCACCACGGAGGAGAUCAAGGCCAUCACCACCGUGGCGGCCAACAGUCGAACAUAUGUCACAGCGCAUGCAUACACGCCGGAAUCCAUUCGCCAUGCCAUCGACAACGGCGUGCUGGGCAUCGAGCACGGCAAUCUCCUAGAUGAACCUACGGCCGCUCUCAUGGCAGAAAAAGGCGUGUUUCUUACCCCAACCUUGAUCACAUACUCGGAAAUGUCCUCGCCUGAAUGGGAAGGUUUUUUACCUCCGGAAUCCGUGCAGAAAAACCAGCAGGUCCUUCAAGCAGGGCUCAAGUCACUGCAAAUUGCCGUGGCCGCCGGCGUCACGAUCUGCUUCGGGACCGAUCUUCUUGGCCCUAUGGGUGUCGCGCAGACCAAGGAGUUUUCCUUGCGGGCAAAGGUUCUGACGCCACUGCAGGUGCUCCAGAGCGCGACGAUUAAUCCUGCACGCCUGUGCAAACAGGAGGCUUUUCUCGGUCAGAUAAAGCCGGGGUUUGCCGCCGAUUUGUUGGUAUUGACGCAGAACCCACUGCAGGAUAUCACCAUCCUUGACGACCCAGACCGACAUCUGUUGGCUGUGAUCAAGGAAGGUUACGUACACGCAAGCCGGUGGUCCAAGUUACCGGAAGAUAUCGCAGCUCUACAGAGGAUUAUCGAAUGA